CUUUGCAGUCAGAAACUUUUCUAAACUCAGUUGGUUUUGACAUUGUCUUUUGAAAUUUGAUCGAAUUGACUUCAAUAAUUUAGAAAAAAAAUCUUGCGCGCUCAAGCAUAUUUUGAGUUUCUAAUAACACAAAAACUACAUAAAAUAUAAGUUCGAAAAAAAUACUUUCAUAUACUAAAAGUCAUAGCAUAUAAUAAGAAAUUUCAGAAAAUUGAAAGCAAAAUUAAAAAAUGCUCGCCAAGCAUUUGCUGAAAGUCAGUAAGGCGCUGCGUGGGGCGACGCUACGCAACGCCAGCAAGGCGCCAAGUUCACCCUUCGCCGGCGGUGGACUACACAGCACCAUGAAUGACUUGCCGCAACCGGAGGGCGAUUGGCAGGAGCAUUACAACCGUAGAAAUCUAAAGAAUACGGCUGUGCUCACUGUUGGCAUUAUCUCGUUGAUUUCAUCAAUAUAUAUGCAUUUCACGGAUGAGGCCAUUAACUGGAACUACAAGGUGCCUGUGUAUGAUAGAUGCCUUUGAAGUGUGCAAAUCACGCGAUAAUUAAAUGAUAAAUCGAAGAUUUUUAAUUCUGACUGUUUA